AGAUUAGUUCCCUUAUUUUAGGAGGAGUAUGAGGAUGGAAAGUCAUCUCUUAGUUUCUUGGUAAAAAUUAUUAUCAGGCGACAUGUUUUUACUUUCCUUCCUUUGAGAAUCCUCACUGCCCUUCUCCUAAAGGGAUCAAUACUUAGGAGAUCGGCGGAAUCUGCGUAACUUGUUCUAGCGCAGAUCGUGACAAAGACUUUUAUAAAAAUGUCUUCGUCAUCGACUGGGGACUCUCCACCAUCAGGUUCAUCAUCAUCAAAUUCACCACCAUCAUCCUCUUCGUCUCCACCAAAUAAUUCAGACUCUCAAUCUCCUCCUUCUAACAACAAUUCAUCAUCCGGAAAAGAUAAUAGUUCUUCUUCUGCUUCUAAUAGUAACAACAAUAACAAUAAUUCAAACUCUCAAUCUCCCCCUUCUAACAACGAUUCAUCAUCUGGAAAAGAUAAUAGCUCCUCUUCCUCUAAUAAUAACGGUAGUAACAGCAGCAACAACAACAACAACAACAACAACGAUAAUAAUUCAAAUUCUCAAUCUCCUCCUUCUAAUAAUGAUUCAUCAUCUGGAAAAGAUAAUAACUCCUCUUCAAAUGAUAACAGUAACAACAACAACAACAACAAUAACAACAACAAUAAUAAUAGUAACAAUUCUGAUAACAAGUCACAUCCUUCACCAAAAUCAUCAGAUUCAUCAAAAGGAGGCUCAUCACCUCCCCCUCCACCACCACCACCACCUCCUCCACCCCCUCCGCCGUCACAUUAUUCUCCUAACUCUAGAUCUCUCUCCCCUCCAAAGCAUCAACCAAUAAAGUCGGAUAAUAAGGAUAACAAAACAGCCCUCAAAAUAGGAGUUGCUGCUGGAGCAGGACUAUUAUUUCUUGUCAUGAUAGUUUUCCUCAUUUCUUGUUGUAAACGAAAAAAGAAAAGAAAGCGUGAUCAAAUGGGCUACUAUCGAGACAAUUCUCACGGAGCUAUGAAUAAUCAACAAUACUAUAAUAGUGGGCAAUAUGGGAACAAUUGGCAGAAUAACAGCAAACUCCAAUCAACUGAUCAGUUUCAUAAGAUGCCUCCUCCAGGCAGUGGACAAGUAAGCUCAGAACAUAGUUGGCCAAUAGCACCACCACCACCACCACCAAUGAUGAGUAGUAGUGAAAUGAGCUCUGCGGCUUUCUCUGGUCCACAUCAACCUCCUUUGCCACCUCCACAUCCAGCAAUGGCUCUUGGUUAUAACCAAAGUAGUUUCACUUAUGAUGACUUAGUAGUUGCAACUGGAGGAUUUGCUAAGGAAAAUCUUUUGGGACAAGGUGGGUUUGGAUAUGUACAUAAAGGAGUAUUGCCUAAUGGUAAAGAGGUUGCUGUGAAAAGUUUGAAAUCUAAUAGUGGACAAGGAGAAAGAGAGUUUCAAGCAGAGGUUGAUAUUAUAAGUCGUGUACAUCAUCGACAUCUUGUGUCUUUAGUUGGGUACUGCAUUGCUGGCUCUCAAAGGAUGUUAGUGUACGAAUUUGUUGCUAACAGCACUCUUGAAUAUCACCUUCACGGAUCUGGUCGUCCCCCAAUGGAUUUCAAUACAAGACACAAAAUUGCAUUAGGAGCUGCGAAAGGCUUUGCUUAUCUUCACGAAGAUUGUCACCCUAAAAUUAUCCAUAGAGACAUUAAAGCUGCAAAUAUCCUAUUGGACGAAAAUUUUGAUGCAAAGGUGGCUGAUUUUGGUCUAGCUAAGCUUUCAUCUGACAACCAUACUCAUGUAUCCACUCGUAUCAUGGGAACUUUUGGGUACCUAGCACCUGAGUAUGCUUCAAGUGGAAAACUAACUGAGAAAUCUGAUGUCUAUUCGUAUGGAGUUAUGCUUUUGGAACUUAUAACUGGACGUCGUCCGAUAGACAUGGAUGGUGACGAUGAUACCUUAGUGGAAUGGGCAAGGCCUAUUCUCAUGCGUGCAACAGAAGGUGGGAAUUAUGAUGAAUUGAUAGAUCCACGUUUAGAGGGGAACUUUGAUGCCCAACAGAUGUUAUGUAUGGUAGCAUGUGCUGCUGCAACAAUCAGACAUUCUGCAAAAAGGCGUCCAAAAAUGAGUCAGGUUGUACGUGCUUUAGAAGAUGAUGUUACUUUGGACGAUUUAAAUGAAGGAGGAAAACUGGGUCAUAGUGCAACUCUCAGUUCUGGUGGAAGCUCUGAGCACGAUGGAGGUUCAUAUGACUUAAAGAAAUUCAGAAAAUCCAGCAUGUCGAGUCAAGAAUACUCAAGCAGUGAGAACGGUGAAUCUCGUGAAUUUCGUCAGAACAAGAAGUGAACGUGUAGCCCUUAAUCAGAAUCAUUGCUUUUGAAAAGUAGGGGUGAUUACUUCGACUCCUGAUAUAAUUAUAAAUUGCAUUUAUUUAUGUAUAAUUAUUAAAUUGUAGACACGACACACAAUGAUUGACCAAUUGAACUUGAUCACAAAGAUGCUUCACGUACUUAAGAUUGAGUCUUUUGGUGAAUAAUAAUAUUCUUCUAUCGCGAAGCUUAGGCGGUUGCAAUUUUAAGUUUGAAUUAUUUUUGAGUUCGUCAUCAAAUUUUGUUGAAAUUUGGGAAACAAUUGAUGUGCAUUAGUUUGCACAAUACAUUUUGAAUCAUGUUAUGCAAUUUAAUU